AUGACUUCGAAACCUGAGAAGCCAGUAUGGAUGUCACAAGAAGACUAUGACAGACAGUAUGCUCCGUUAGAUCAAUUACGCAAUGGCCCUCAAGAUAACAGGGAGCGCAGUGUUUCUAAAUCCAAGAGUCCUCAGAAUGAAGCCAAACCUAUGCAAGAAGCUGGUAAUUCUAGCCAAUCCAGUGAAUCCACGCAAGAACCAAAACGUUUCAAGAUUCAAAAACGAAGGCAUGGUAGAUUUGAUCGUGAAGAGAGGCAGAAGAAAUUUGAAUUACAGAAGAUGAGGGAGGAGCAAUUGAAGAAGCACGAUAUUGAAAUGGCUGCUAGCAGGGCUAUUAAUGUGGACCAAAUUGUUAGGCAACAUUACAAUGAACGUGCUUUUAUAGCUAAAAAAUCGAGAAGAAACCUAUCCCCCAUUAUUAAACUGAGGAAUUUCAACAAUGCAUUGAAGUUCAUGCUUGUUGAUAAAUAUACGCAAAAGGGCGAUGUGGUAUUGGAAUUAGGUUGUGGUAAAGGUGGUGAUUUGAGAAAAUACGGUGCUACUGACAUUUCUCAAUUUAUCGGUAUAGAUAUUUCCAAUGCAUCAAUUCAAGAGGCGCAUAAAAGAUAUCGUAGUAUGAAAAAUUUAUCAUUUCAAGUCAUUCUUAUAACUGCAGAUUGUUUUGGUGAGUCUUUGGGACCCGCGGUAGAGCCAUUUCCAGAUUGUAGAUUCCCCUGUGACCUAGUCUCCUGCCAAUUUUGUUUCCAUUAUGCUUUUGAAUCUGAACGAAAAGCUCGAAGAGCCUUAUUAAACGUAUCCAAAUCGUUAAGAGUUGGCGGCCAUUUUAUCGGGACUAUCCCAGAUUCGGAAUUUAUUCGUUAUAAGCUCAACAAAUUUGGCAAAGAUGUGGAAAAGCCAUCCUGGGGUAAUUCAAUCUAUAGGGUUACUUUUGAAAACAACGAAUAUUUGAAGAACGAUAAUGAAUUUCCAUCACCGUUUGGUCAAAUGUAUACCUAUUGGUUAGAAGAUGCAAUUGACAAUGUUCCAGAGUACGUGGUUCCUUUUGAAACCUUAAGAAGUUUGGCCGAUGAGUACGGUAUGGCACUAGAACUACAGAUGCCUUUUAACAAGUUUUUUGUUCAAGAAAUUCCCCGUUGGAUGGAUAGGUUCUCGCCAAAGAUGCGUGAAGGCCUCAAGAGGUCGGAUGGUAAGUACGGUGUUGAAGGUGAUGAGAAGGAAGCAGCUUCUUACUUUUAUACCGUAUUUGUAUUCAGGAAGGUAAGGGAGCAUCUUGAAGAUUAA